AUGUGGAAGUUGGAGAGGGAGAGUGGUGGAGGAGGACAGCUUUAUCACUUUCUCAGUGGUACUGAUUAUGUAGUGGGACGUAAGAACUGUUCAAUAUUAAUCGAAGAUGAUCAAUCUAUCAGCAGAUCUCAUGCAACGUUCUCUGUCAACCACCCCUCUCCAGUCUGGGCCAUCCAGAUAUCAUUCCUGUCCUGUCUGUUAAAGAGUCUUCAAAGUAUGGUACCUUUGUUAAUGGUGAAAAGAUGGAGAGUGCUACAUCCAGGAAUUUGAAAUCAGGAGAUAAGAUUACAUUUGGGGUAUACAAUAGCAAGUUCAGAGUGGUAUAUGAACCUUUGGUGACUUGUUCAUCCUGUUUAAGCAUCUCAGAGAAGAGUUCUUUAAACCAAGCACUGCAGUUACUUGGAGGCCAUAUUGUGAACAACUGGACAGAGAACUGUACACAUCUGGUUAUGACCUCUGUUAAAGUGACUAUCAAGACAAUAUGUGCGUUAAUUUGCUGCAAGUCCAUUGUGAAACCUGAGUACUUUAAUGAAAUGAUCAAAGCCAUCAAAGAGAAAAAAGCACUGCCUGAACCUAAAAGCUUUGUUCCAAUAGUUGAUGAACCUUCCCUACAGAUUGACUCAUUAGAUCUCUCAGAAAAUAGGAAAAGAAAAACUAUCUUCAAAGAUAACAUUUUUCUGUUCUUGACUGCCAAGCAGCACAAGAAACUGAGCCCAGCAGUUCACUUUGGUGGUGCCAAAGCCCAACUGUUAACAGGAGAAUUGGAUGACAAGCAUCUGCUAGAAAACCCAAAGGCUUGUGUAAUCGAUUUGGGAGCCACAGAAUCCCAGCUGUCUGAAUCUCAGACCCCAGCCUGGGUCACAUCUAUUAUUAAUAUUCUUCAAGGUAAAGGAUUGCGAGCCAUUCCAGAAGCUGAAAUUGGUUUAGCCGUUAUCUACAUGUCAACAGAAAUAUAUUGCAAUCCCCAGCAAUGUGUAGGGAAUAGAAAUGGGAUAGAAAAGGCAGCUAAGAGUAAAAUAAUUGGAUCGUCGUUUUCCUGCAGCAUGGCUGUCAAUGAAACUAUAUUGCCUGUAUCCACCUUCAACACCACCGCUUAUGUUGCAAAUACGGAGCCACAGGACCAGACUCAUAAUUGUGUGGAUAUAAGUGGCAUUCGAGAAGUUAAAGAGACUCCCAACAGCAGUCGUAGACACAACAGCACUAAAUCUGAUAUGUGUGUGGACCGUGAUCUAGAAUCAAGUUCUAGUGCGGAUUGCAGAACUGCCAUGUUUCAGGAGCAAUCAAAACCAACAGAAAAAAAGAGCCAGUCAAUUAUAUCUGUAGAAAAACCUUCUUCACAAAAGGAGAAAACUUCGCAGAAAAUGGUGUCAUCCAAGAUGCUGGAUUAUUUCAAGCCUACUGCAAAGAAAAGGGAUAGAGGUGUGGAUGAAGGAGAACAGUCUACUGCCAAGAUAGCUAGAGUGGAAAACAAUGUUUCCCUGACUUCAAUCCCUGUUAAAAAAAAAUCUCCAAUAAAAUGGAAAGAUUCAGAUAGUCUAUCUUCUAAUGAUAUGGAUUUAGAUACAGAACCCAAUGUCGUAUCUAAAGAGAAAACAGCCUUGCCAGAUAGGUGGCCUAAAGAUAAUAAUGAUGCCUCCACGUCUAGUGUAGUGAAAGAUGCAUCAAUGAAAAGGAAGCAACCUGAUGAUGUGGUGGAAGAAUCCGACUUGGAAAAUGAUGAAAUUAGCGAUCAACAAAAAAUCCCAAAAACCGAUCCAGUCAUGGUCAAGAGGCAACGUUUGGGUUCAGAAGGAGAUUCUGGAGAAGAUCUCAAAGCAGGGUUGUUGGGAAACAGUAUCAGAACUACGGAACCCCAGCAAAGUGAACAGAAAGUAAAAGCUAAACUAUCGGUGAAACAGGAGCCAGAGUCCCAAUGCGAGGACAAAAAGACUAUGGUGAUGAUGGUGCACCCAAAAGAGGAAAAUGACGAAAACCUUCCUAGCAGACUUUUGAUGACAGAGUUUCAAACGCUAGUUGUCAUUCGACCAUCAGGAUGCAGACAGUAUACUUCCAAUGCCAAGCAAGGAAAUGGACCUAAUUUUAAAAAAUUCAGAAAGAUUACUUAUCCAGGAGCUGGAAGCUUUCCUCAUAUCAUAGGAGGCUCUGACUUAAUUGCUCAUGACAAGAAGAAGAAUUCAGAACUAGAACAAUGGUUACGUCAGGAAAUGGAGGAGCAGACUCAACAAGCUAGAGAACAAUCCCUAGCCGAGGAUCUGUUCAGAUAUAAUCCAAAGAACAUGAAAAAGCGAAGAUAA